AUGGGAGCGCUUCAUGGCCGAGAACCAAGAAGCUCACACAACACUGGAGGGCAGCAUCCGCUUCGAGGGCCGCAAGGGAGGAGGAAGAAUGCCAUGAGGUGGGUGUUGUCAGAAAACCCGCAAAAGAAGGCGGGGAUCCCAACUUUUCUUCGUGCCCUGGUCCUGCUGAAACGAAAUGACAUGGAUGAAUUCACGGCGGUCGUCACUAUUGACGUUGAUGUCAGUAUAUGUCUAUCUCUAUCCAAGAAGAUCCGGAGCUUGUUCUCCAAGGAUGAGGAGGAUGACCCAGAGAACUUUGACCCGGAGCCUGCCAGGCAGCCUCGCAACUCGGCUUGGGUGGAUGAUGAGGUGAUCACGGUCAGUGAGCUCCAGAGUGUCAAACUGGAGCAGUUGGACGUUAUUCUGAGCACUAAUAUGCGCAAUGACGUUCAGGUGAAGGCUUGA